AUGACACACCAAACCCAUACAUAUCAUAUAGUCAACCCUAGUCCAUGGCCACUAACAGGAGCCCUUUCAACCCUACUCAUGACAUCAGGCCUAAUUAUGUGAUUUCACUUCAACUCAACUCACCUACUACUCCUGGGUCUUAUAACCAGUGUGUUGACCAUAUGCCAAUGAUGACGAGACAUUGUACGAGAAAGCACAUUCCAAGGCCAUCACACACCAACCGUGCAAAAAGGUCUUCGAUAUGGCAUAAUCCUCUUCAUUACAUCAGAAGUGUUCUUUUUCGCCGGCUUUUUCUGAGCAUUCUAUCACUCCAGUCUAGCUCCUACUCCCGAACUAGGGGGAUGUUGACCACCUACGGGUAUUACACCCUUAAACCCAUUGGAAGUCCCACUACUCAACACCUCAGUGCUAUUAGCUUCAGGCGUAUCAAUUACCUGAGCUCACCUCUGCCUAAUGGAAGGAAACCGCAAGCAUAUACUCCAAGCACUAUUCAUCACUAUCCUCUUAGGCCUGUAUUUUACGCUUCUACAGGCUUCAGAGUACUAUGAAACUUCUUUCACAAUUUCAGAUGGGAUUUAUGGCUCUACAUUCUUCGUAGCCACAGGAUUUCAUGGCCUCCACGUAAUCAUCGGCUCAACUUUCCUAAUUGUAUGCUUCCUACGACAACUGAAAUUCCACUUCACAUCUAAUCACCAUUUCGGGUUUGAAGCCGCUGCCUGAUACUGACACUUUGUAGACGUCGUGUGAUUAUUCCUAUAUGUAUCCAUUUAUUGAUGAGGAUCUU